AUGGGAAGGUGGAACAACAGGUAGGCGUCCUCCAACUGCGUCCCUCGGCUCAGUCGUGGACUGACCGCACCAUGCGCCCUCCUGGAAACCAGAGCUGAACCACAACUUGGCUGCGCGAUUGUCUUUUGAGGAGUAGACGCGCUUUAUUUUCUCUUUCUGUGACAGUCGAGUGUUGCUGGCUGGGAGUGAACUACAGAGAGCUGCUGUGGAAGAUUUUCUGAUCGAUAAAUCGGAGCUUGUUUAUUGGACAAAUUGUGAUAUCAUCAGCGGGGCCAUCUCACUGUGGACAAGAUGUUGCUGCUGCCAUAUUACCGCUGAACUCUGUCCCUCUGUGAGACGGCGAAGACACGCCGAGACACAGCUGAUCCCCCCCGAGGUCAGGCUGCUCUCUGACCCACAUCCCCCUGCAGGAGGACAUGGAGGUCCUGCGACGGUCCUCUGUGUUUGCUGCAGAGGUCCUGGAUGUGUUCGACCGAUCGCUGACUGAGAAGGAGCUGGUGUCCCAGUCCAAGGCGCUGUGCAGAGACUACAUCCUGUCCAGGCUCAACCAGAACGGGCUGGGGUGGUCCAAAACCGAGAUCAACUUCGGUCCCUCCAACGCGGCGCUGGCUGAGGUGUCUCUGGUGCUCCUCUGUCUCGGCGAUGAGCUGGAGUGUAUACAGCCCAGUCUGUACAGGAACGUGGCGCGGCAGCUCAACAUUUCUGUUGCCAUGGAGAACAUGGUUUCGGAUGCCUUCAUCGGCGUGGCAACGGAGAUCUUCUCUGCAGGUAUAACGUGGGGGAAGGUGGUAUCCAUGUAUGCAGUAGCCGGAGCCCUGGCUGUGGACUGCGUCAGACAAGGCCAUCCAACCACAGUGCACAUCUUAGUGGACAGUCUGGGGCAGUUCGUCCGCAAAUUCCUGGUUCCCUGGCUGAAGAGACGAGGAGGAUGGGCUGAGAUAACAAAAUGUGUGGUGAAGAAGGAUCUCACCCCCGAACAGAACUGGCUCUCCUCCACCGUGGAGUCCCUCAAGUACUUCCUCACCACCAUGUACGUCUACAUCAUGAAGGAGCCGUGAACGGAGAGCGAGAGCAGAGGAGUAUGUGGGCUCCAAAUCUCAGACUUGUCUAUAAAAGCCGGAGAUGGUCGCGGCGCUUGAUGGGGAUUGAGCCUGCCAGCAGAUUUUACAGUCUGUCGCUGAAUGGCCAUCAACAAAUGUUUCAUCAGCAGCGUGUUCGUGUUUCCUCGGUGUCAGAUGAGUCUGUAAGUGAUUACCCUUCAUCCCAAGAGUAGUCGCUGCGAUAUUUAAGAGCAUACCAUGGCAGCGUUGUUAUCACUCCACCUCUUCUACGUAUUUUUUCUCACUACUUACACCGGUGCAGUAAACCAGGCUUCUCAAAAGUGUUUGUAACGUGUGACGGUGUUUGAAUGUGACCUACGAGAGGCUGUUCCUGAGAUAAACAGUCUGGUGUUUAAAUGUGAUGUUUGUCUCAGAUUAUAUACCGAAAGGAGUGAUGGAGGUGAAAGCCGUGUUGCUUGAACUGACGCUCAGCUCGGGUGGGUCUUGUGAGGAUAUCAGAGGCAAAGGAGUUCUGAUUGGGAGCGAGUUCACACCUGAAAGCAAUAUGAGGUGGUAUCAACUGUUUACACUUCAUGUUGUACUUUACCAAAGUGCAAACAGUGUCUUUUUUUUCCAAAUACGAUCCAAAACGACCAACUAAACAUUCUGCUGCAAUUCUAGACACAAUUAGCCAAGAAACGUGGGCUCCCAGUGGGCCCGGUUUUUGGCCAAAGAGCUUAAGGACAGAGGAGAGGUACAGACUGAAGGUGCAUAUUUUGAUGGUACUGAUUGUCUUUUUAUUCUGUAAAUACUUUAUUUAUGAUUUUAUUUUUUAUUUUGACCUUAACAGCUGAAACCACUGCAGUAUGAAGAGAGCCGCUGCGACGGCUACAACAGGAUGAUUGUGUGUGAUGCGUGUCACUUUCACAGUGUUGAUGUGUAAAUGUGUGUGUCGACAAGUUUUUUUCGUUUUUUUUUUAAACCCACAAUAAAUUGAACAAAAUCGA